AUGGAAAAUGGCGUCAUAAUCGAGGAUCCACCUACAACUCCGCCGUCUAGAUCAAGCAUCAACGACGAAAAGGAGACUAUUCAGUCUAAUGAUGAUAAUCGCCCUGCAUCUCCCGUCGCUCCCGCUCCAGAUGAUGUAUCAACACCCUCACCACCUCCGCUCAUGCCAGUUCGCGUCGAAGCACCCAAAGCACAGCAACCUACCUACCCACAGCUCUCUAACAACCUUCCAGCAAGCCCUGUAUCAAAAAAUCCCAACAAUAAAAUAAAUGAUGAUUCUGUUCCAAAAUCCUUUGACAGGUCAGACGUAAAACUAGGGAGACUUGAAAAAGAGGUUUACGAAGACAAAGACUUCGACGGUGUGCGACGAAUGCAUAAAUUCACGUUGUACGAAACUGCUACACGGUUCUAUAUUGUCGGCUCAGAUCUCUUGGAUUCGAGAUUCCGUAUCUUGAAGAUUGACCGUACGGCGGAUGUUGGGGACCUGAGUAUCACAGAGGAUGAAGUUAUCUAUACUCGUGAGGAGACGACGAGGCUAUUAGCCACCAUCGAGGAUGGAAAUAGGUCUACUGGGGGACUAAAGCAUAGAUGUCCGUUUUGGGGACUCCUAGGAUUUGUCAGGUUCACGGGGGCAUACUAUAUGCUACUAAUUACAAAAAGAAGUAUUGUUGCUAUGAUUGGAGGCCAUUAUGUUUACCAGAUCGAUAAUACCGAGCUCGUACCCCUCACAGCCGGCGCACGGAAACCUGACCGAAAUUCAGAAGAAGCUCGUUUCGUUAAUAUUUUAGGAAACUUGGAUCUAGCAAGGUCAUUCUACUUUAGUUAUUCCUAUGAUAUCACUAGGACGCUACAACACAACAUUAUCCGUCAAAGGGAAGCUUUAAGUAACGGAUUGACACAUCCAGAUAAUCACGAUUAUAAUGACAUGUUUGCAUGGAAUCACUACCUUCUGGAGCCUGCAAAGAAACACAUGAAAAACACUUAUGAUUGGUGCAUGCCCAUUGUUCAUGGUUAUGUGGAUCAAUCUGCAAUUUCGGUAUAUGGGAGAAUUAUUUACAUUACAGUCAUUGCCCGGCGUUCACGGUACUUUGCUGGCGCGAGAUUCCUAAAGCGCGGUGCGAAUGAUUUGGGAUAUGUUGCGAACGAUGUGGAGACGGAGCAGAUUGUCUCCGAUAUGUUGACUACAUCAUUCCAUGCGCCAGCAAAAAAUCUCUAUUCGAACCCUAAUUACACAUCAUACGUACAACACCGUGGAAGUAUUCCCCUAUUCUGGACCCAGAAAAAUGAUGCUGCUACUCCAAAACCCCCUGUAGAGAUGAAUCUUGUAGAUCCCUUUUUUAGUGCAGCAGCAUUGCAUUUUGACGAUUUGUUCCAAAGAUAUGGGGCGCCAUGUAUCGUAUUGAAUCUUGUGAAGUCAAAAGAGAGGACGCCUAGAGAAUCCUUACUACUGAAGGAGUUUACACAAGCAAUCAAUUACUUGAAUCAGUUUCUGCCAACCGAUAAGAGAAUACGCUAUAUUGCUUGGGAUAUGUCCCGGGCCUCCAAGAGUCGUGAUCAAGAUGUAAUCGAAACUCUUGAAACAAUAGCUGAAGUGGUUGUCAACACGACCGGUUUCUUCCAUAACGGUCCAUCUAGGGAUGGAGCUGAAGCAUCCCUUCAAAAUGGUGUCUGUAGAACAAACUGCAUUGAUUGUCUUGACCGUACUAACGCCGCGCAAUUCGUUAUUGGGAAGAGGGCUCUCGGCCAUCAAUUACAUGCACUAGGAGUUAUAUCGGGUACCAGUGUUGAAUAUGAUACUGACGCGGUUGAUCUGUUUACACACAUGUAUCAUGACCACGGGGACACGAUCGCUGUACAGUAUGCGGGGAGUCACCUGGUGAAUACCAUGGAGACUUACCGUAAAAUUAAUCAGUGGACGAGUCACUCGCGAGACAUGCUCGAGAGUUUCAAACGGUACUAUAAUAAUUCUUUCCUGGAUGCCCAACGACAAGAGGCAUAUAACCUUUUCCUGGGUAACUACAUAUUUACUCAGGGCCAGCCCAUGUUGUGGGACCUUUCAACGGAUUACUACCUGCAUCAUAUCGACCCAAGAGCUUCCAGAAAACGACGCAGUUAUAUAAAGUGGUGGACACCGAAGAAUCUUGAGAAGAGAGUAAUGCCACGUGCCACAAGGCCUCUAGACGAAUUUGCGAAUAAGCCAUAUAGCUACUUUGAUGACUACUGGCUAGAAUACUAUAGACCAAAAGCACUCUCAUCUUUCCUCAAAGUAUUCUCUUAUGACAUCAAUUCCACAUUACGUUACAUCCCGAUAGGACAAACCUCGGAGGGAAAAUACGAUCUUAGCCCCUUCAAAGUACGCACAAACCAUGGCGGUUCCAAUCAUAAAAAAUCCAAAUCCAAAAACAAUGUUAUCAAUGCCGAAACCCCAGAGAAUCGGCUUAAAAAGAUAACCGCUCUUGAAGGAUGGCCAUCAUCACCACAGAAGCAGCAACAAACCCUGCGACAAACCUCCAAUCCUCAAUUUCCGGGCCGUGAUCACAAUGCUGUUUCGGGAGAUAUGCAUAGUGGACUCCGUUCUUCUAGUCCGGUCAAGCAACACUUUGCUGUGGGUAGAGAUUUGAUCCCACUUGAACAGAGGAAUAUGCAGCAGGUUGUUGAGAGGAGUCUUAAUCCUUCACUCAGCGAAAAGGAAACUGAAGAAUAUGCACUUUAUGUAUCCCACCCCCUCAAUCUUCCCCUCGUGGUAACGACUGAGCUCCCACCAAAUACAUCUCGCGAUUUCGUCAACUAUGUAAACAGCACAUCACCAGAGGCCGUUGCAAACCUUAGAGCAACAGAUAAUGAUAUCAAAAGCUACGAGGAAUUCCUGGAAAUCCCAGAAAACCCAUUGAGUGUGGAUGAGGCAGACGGAGGUAGGGGCAGAUACAGAGCUUAUCAGUAUUGGAUCAUGACGGGCAAAUUGAAACAACAGAGGAUCGGUAUGGUGUCAGUCAAAACAUGA